CGCGGCACUCUCAACUUCCUCGUCUGAAAGGACAGCAGCAUUUCAGCGCUCGUCGUCGCUCAUGGAAACUUCUAGAACGAAAUGAGGACUAUUGUCGACCAGCAGGAUCCAUUGAACAAAGCAGGAAUUUCCUUUUGACAACUCGCUUCAAGCUGCGGUGCCGCCAUCAUGGGCUGCGUGGGCUCCAAGAAGGACCGGGAGUCUGUGGGCAAACAGAGCUGCGAGGUGCAGAGGAGCGGCCAGACCACCCACUAUGUCCAAGACCCCACCUCCAGGAACUCCAAAACUAACAAGAAGCCCUCCAGUGCACACAACACGACAGACGGAGACGUGGUCGCCAUAGCGCUGUACGACUAUGACGCAAUCCACGACGGAGACCUGGGCUUUAAGAAGGGAGACAAGCUCCGCAUUUUGGAGGAGUCGGGGGAGUGGUGGCGAGCCAUGUCCGUCGUGACGGGACAGGAAGGCUUCAUCCCCAGCAACUACGUGGCCAAAGACACGCUGCAGACCGAGGAGUGGUUCUUCAAGGGUAUCAGCAGGAGAGACGCCGAGAGGCAGCUGCUGGCCCCUGGGAACCGAGUCGGCGCCUUCAUGAUCCGGGACAGCGAGACCAACAAGGGGAGCUUCUCUCUGUCGGUGCGAGACAGCGAAGGCUCAUCAAAGGACGGCGACACGGUCAAACACUAUAAGAUCCGCACGCUGGACAAUGGAGGCUUCUACAUCUCGCCACGCAUCACCUUCAGCACGUUGCAAGAGCUGGUCAAGCAUUACAAGAAGCAGAGCGACGGACUCUGCCAAACCCUGACCAGCCCUUGUCUCAGCCCCAAACCGGAGAAGCCCUGGGAGAAAGACGCCUGGGAGAUCCCCAGGUCGUCACUGAAGCUGGAGAAGAAGCUUGGCGCUGGACAAUUUGGAGAAGUCUGGCUCGCCACGUACAACAAGCACACCAAGGUGGCGGUGAAGACCAUGAAGCCUGGGAGCAUGUCGGUGGAAGCCUUCAUGGCCGAGGCCAACCUGAUGAAGACUCUGCAGCACGACAAGCUGGUCCGACUCAACGCCGUGGUCACCAAGGAGGAGCCCAUCUACAUCAUCACGGAAUUCAUGGAGAAAGGUAGUUUAUUGGACUUCCUCAAGAGCGACGAGGGUAACCGCAUCCCACUUCCCAAGCUCAUCGACUUCUCCGCCCAGACGGCGGAGGGUAUGGCCUUCAUCGAGCAGAGGAACUACAUCCACCGAGACCUGAGGGCCGCCAACAUCCUGGUCAGCAGAGCUCUGGUGUGCAAGAUCGCAGAUUUUGGCCUCGCCCGCAUCAUCGAAGACAACGAGUACACGGCCAGAGAAGGGGCCAGAUUUCCCAUCAAAUGGACGGCCCCUGAAGCCAUCAACUACGGUUGCUUCACCAUCAAGUCUGACGUCUGGUCUUUUGGCAUCUUGCUGACAGAGAUCAUCAGUUAUGGACGCACGCCAUACCCAGGCAUGACAAACCCGGAGGUGAUCCGUUCCCUGGAGAAGGGCUACCGGAUGCAGCGUCAGGACACUUGCCCCAAAGAACUCUAUGAUAUCAUGUUGGAGUGCUGGAAGGACAAACCGGACAACCGGCCCACCUUCGAUUACCUGCAGAGCAUCCUGGAGGAUUUCUACACCGCCACGGAGAGCCAGUACCAGCAGCAGCCAUGAGCAGCAUGUACUUGCAUCAGAUUUUUGGACACCGAGAAAAAAAUGUUCAAAGUAUUUUUCCUUUAAUGCUUCCGCACCAACAACAAGUGUCCAUCUUUACCCAAGGAGGGCUUGGAAGAGCUUUGUACCUCUUUGUGCCUUUCCUGUCUUUGAAUAAUCUAUAAAUUUCACAUGUUAAUAUUAUAUGUUUGUGUGUGUGUGUGUGUAUAUAUGUAUACUGCACAUAUAUAUAUAUAUAUUUUUUAAAUUAAAUAUAUAUAUCUAUUUUUUAUACAUGUUUAUUUCAUCUAUAUAUAUAUGUACAUAUACUUUAUUUAUAUAUACUCUAUAUAUAAUGUACAGCAUAUAGUAAUAUAUAUGAAAUAUAGAUUUAAAAAAAUAUAUAGUAAUAUACAUAAUAAAUAUAUUAUAGAUUUCAUAGUAUUUAAUUUAUUUUUUGCAUGUAUGUUAUACAUAUAUGUAUCAUGUAUUUAAGAGAUGUUAUAUGUAUAUAUAUAUAUAUAUAUAUAUAUAUAUAUAUAUAUUAUAAAUAUAUAGUAUACAUAAUAUAUAUUGUAUGUAUAUCCAUAUGUAUGCAUACACACACACAUUAACAUAUAUACAGUGGGGCAAAAAAGUAGUCAGCCACCGAUUGUGCAAGUUCUCCCACUUAAAAUGAUGACAGAGGUCUGUAAUUUUCAUCAUAGGUACACUUCAACUGUGAGAGACAGAAUGUGAAAAAAAAUCCAGGAAUUACCAUUGAAGGAAUUUUAAAGAAUUUAUUUGUAAAUUAUGGUGGAAAAUAAGUAUUUGGUCAACCAUUCAAAGCUCUCACUGAUGGAAGGAGGUUUUGGCUCAAAAUCUCACGAUACAUGGCCCCAUUCAUUCUUUCCUUAAGACGGAUCAAUCGUCCUGUCCCCUUAGCAGAAAUCAGCCCCAAAUCAUGAUGUUUCCACCCCCAUGCUUCACAGUAGGUGUGGUGUUCUUGGGAUGCAACUCAGUAUUCUUCUUCCUCCAAACACGACGAGUUGAGUUUAUACCAAAAAGUUCUAUUUUGGUUUCAUCUGACCAGAUGACAUUCUCCCAAUCCUGUGCUGUAUCAUCCAUGUAUCCAUUUUGGUAUAAACCUAAUUCGUCGUGUUUGGAGGAAGAAGAAUACCGAGUUGCAUCCCAAGAACACCAUACCUACUAUGAAGCAUGGGGGUGGAAACAUCAUGCUUUGGGGCUGUUUUCCUGCUAAGGGGACAGGACGAUUGAUCCAUGUUAAGGAAAGAAUGAAUGGUGCCAUGUACUGUAUCGUGAGAUUUUGAGCCAAAUACUUAUUUUCCACCAUAAUUAACAAAUAAAUUCUUUAAAAUUUUCCACAUUCUGUCUCUCACAGUUGAAGUGUACCUAUGAUAAAAAAUACAGACCUCUGUCAUCAUUUUGAGUGGGAGAACUUGCACAAUCGGUGACUGACUAAAUACUUUUUUGCCCCACUGUAUAUAUAUAUAUAAAAUACGUAAAACAGUUUGUCCUGAAAUUUCAGCGCUUUUACUGUGAACUUUGUUGCGGAAUUUUAAACAAGUUAUUUUUCUCAACUUUAACCAUGAUUUAGAGUGCAUGAGAAAGUGGAAUGUAAAAUACAGCUCUCUUUAAACACAUGGUCAUUCAUUAGUAAGUAUAUUGCGCAACACAGCAACGACAGAACCAAUGUUGUAAGUGUGACACAAAGGGCCCCCUUGCACCUUCGGCGGGCACGCGUCACACAAAAAAUUUGAGGAAUACGAACAGUUAGCAUGUCUCACGUACCUAAUUUAUGACUCUUGGGGUGUACGGCUGCAAUAAUAGUGUUAUGUACGAGUGGGGUGGAAGGAGACGACACCACGAAGAAACUCAGGUUACGAGGUUUAUUGUAAACUUUGAUGAUUAUGUGGGAUGUGUAUGCUACUGUAAGUGUUGGUUGCAGGAUUAAGUGUAAAGUUAACAAUGUGAAUAAAACAAGAGGAUGUUGUA